CGGCCGCCCGCGGCGCUUCCGGGGAGCGGGGCCUGCGCUGCACUUCCCGGCCGGCCGGAGCCCGCGCGCAGGAUGGCUGUUCCAUGAGGUCAAGACGGGAUCUCCUCCCUUCUCCCGCUUCACCAAUGCCUGGACUCAGAGGGUUAGAUUUGAGCCCUUCACUAUGGCAUCAUCGACCUCCCUCCCAGCUCCUCGCUCCCAGUCCAAGAAGCCACUGGGCAAGAUGACUGACUGGUUCAGGCAGGCCCUGUUGAAGAAGCCCAAGAAGAUGUCUCCUGAAAGCCCUUCCAGUGAUGUUUCACAGCCAGUCUCACAAGACAGCCCCCCACCCCUGGGCCUCAGUUCAGUCAUGUCUCCCACCCCGCCACCAACAGCACCAGCAGCAGUGGCCAGCAGCAGCAGCCGCUGGAGCAAGGACUAUGACGUCUGUGUGUGCUACAGCGAAGAGGACCUGGUGGUCGCCCAGGAGCUAGUCUCCUACCUGGAGGGCAGCUCUACCAGCCUGCGCUGCUUCCUGCAGCUUCGGGAUGCAGCCCCCGGUGGUGCCAUCGUGUCUGAGCUGUGCCAGGCACUGACCGGUAGUCACUGCCGCGUGCUGCUCAUCACCCCAGGCUUCCUUCAGGACCCUUGGUGCAAGUACCAGAUGCUGCAGGCCCUGACUGAAGCCCCGGGGGCGGAGGGCCGCAUCAUCCCCCUGCUGUCAGGCCUGACCAGAGCCGCCUACCCCCCAGAGCUCCGAUUCAUGUACUACGUGGAUGGCAGGGGUCCCGAUGGUGGCUUUCGCCAAGUCAAGGAAGCUAUCAUGCGUUAUCUGCAGACACUCAGCUGACACUUCUUAUAUCACCGUGGGACCCAGAAAGUUGGAAGAAAGCUGGAAAUGAAGAGCCCAUGCAGGGCCCUGGAUUCCAGCAGAUGUGAAAAGAGGCAUCAGGAGCCAGUGUCUGUGGCACUUUGUGUGUGACCUGGGAUCAGUUUACCCAUUAGGCUCCCAUUACUGUGGGCUCCUCAGGAAGGCCAUGGGGAGGGCUGGGACUCCCCCAGGAAGGCCAUGAGGAAGCUGGGGACUCCCCCAACGAAGGCCAUGAGGAAGCUGGGGACUCCCCAGGAAGGCCAUGAAGAAACCAGAAAUUGGAGGUGGUGCUGAUUCCAGAGGGUCACUAGUGCUGUGCCUCCUGCCUAGUGGGGCAGAAGUCUGCACACACCUAUGUCUUCUUCCCCUGGAAUUGGGCACUGGUGUAGACAGGCGUCCCUCCCAAAGAGGGAACUCACCCAAUUGAUGAGCUAGAAGCCUAAACUGGAAGCCUCAGGGAAGGUUCUCCCAGUUGCCUGGGAGGUCAGGCAGAAAGCAGCAAGGACCAAACCCUUCAGACUCACACUACUGCUGCUUUUCCCAGAGGUGGCAGGUCACUUCAGGAAGGUGUAUGAAAGACACAUCCAGCACUGCACUGUUUUAUUUAUUGCAUGAGUGUUGUUAAAGACACAAACCUAGAAGCCAUUCUGAAUGUACAGGACAGGGGAAGGGGCAGGUGGAGUGAAGAGAAGAAAAGUUAGGGCUCAUUCCCUUCACCUGGGAUCAAAAGCCCACCUAUGCUGUGACAUCUGGGGGCCUCACAUGGGUCUGGCUAGAGCCGAUGCUUUUCCAGUAGCUGUCUUCUCCUUCGGACUGAAACGAAUUGGCAUUGACUGUGUUCCUUGUGGGACAGGGAAGGUUUCAUUCACCUGUUCUCAAUAAGUCUGUUGUUGAGCUGAAAUGAAUUUCAUUAUUUCUCCCAAUGUAUACUUUGGGCCUCUUCUCUCACUUCCCCCUAUCAUGUCCCCUCUUUUUUUAUCCUGCCCCUCCACCCCCAGGUCCCCCCUUUUAGUGAAAAACUUAUUUUUUUAAUUAUGUCAUUUUAUUACAUACAAAAGGACUAAAGAAUAAUAUAACGUACACUCACGUACCUACCACCCAGCUGAAGAAGUAUAACCUUAUCUCCACGAUGCUCCCUUUGUGCCCUUAAUUAUAUUCCCCUCACUUCUCUAGCCAGAAAUACCACUAUUCUGAACUUUGAACUUUAUCAUCCUCAGCCUUUUUCUACAAAUUUACUAUGUAUGUAUGCAUCCCUACCAAUAUAUUGUAUAGUUUCAUGGUGUUAUACUUUAUAUA